AUGUUUCCAAAGUUUUUCUUCACUCAUCACUGUUUGCUUCCACCGCCUCACCAGCUUUUCGGUCAGCAUCAACACCCGUUGUCAACCAAUGAGAUUCUGAUAGUGAUAGCUCAUUUGGAGCAGGAUCUUGCAAGAAGAAGUUCUCAACAAUUUGGGCCACAUCCUUCUGCUGUAACAUAUCAAAUAAUGCACACAAGUUUUAAGAAGCUGAAGAAAUUUUUGAAACCAUUUUGACAGAUGAGCUUUCAAUCAAGGCCACAGUGAAUGGAUGGUAUCAUUGGGUUUCGACGAAUUUGAAAGGGGUUUUAAAGUCGGCUUCCGAAUUCCAAGUAUUUUAUUGGAUUUAUGGGUAAAAUAAAAAAUGUAGAUGCUGAUGAUCUAGGCCGCUUUUGGAAGACAUACAAUCAAUGGUAUGGUAGCAGUAGAAACGCUGAAGAGGGUUAAGGCGGUGAUUUUGCCCUGUCACUGGAUACUACUAUCAACCUGCCCUUUUGAUCGGUUAAAGCAACAAGCACAUGCAGAUUGUUGAACUCAAAUUCAAUGGAAUUGCAGGGACUUGCUUUUACUUCAUAAUUAUUUGUAUUAGAUAGGUUUGAGUGUUGUUUAUUCAAGUACAAGUAAUCUGUUAUUUCUGCA